AUGAGGCUAUCACUACCAAUCCUCGGCUUCAUCACAACAUCGAAAUCACUACUAUUCAACCCCGACAGAAACCCGCUUCUAAGCAAGCUGUUGAGAUGGACGAUAUACGACCACUUCUGCGCAGGAACGAACGUUCCGGAAGUUAGGAAGGCAGUCGCCAACGUUAAGCAGAUGGGUUACCAGGGAGUCAUUCUCAACUACGCUAGAGAAAUCGUCCUGGACACGAAGAAGGCACAGGCAGGAUCGAAGGAGGGAGACUACGCACCGGCCUUUUAUCAGAUGGUGCAGGAGUGGAAGAAGGGUAAUCUCGACACGCUCCAGAUGAUGGAGCCUGGCGACUUCAUUGCCGUCAAAGUUACUGGCGCUGGUCCUAUCGCCGUGGAUGCUAUGCGGGGUUCUGCUGCCGUUCCCAAGGUUCUCAGCGAGGCCCUUGAUGAGAUUUGCGAAGCCGGAAGACAGAAGGGUGCCCGUGUCUGGAUCGAUGCCGAGCAGCAGGCUCUCCAACCGACACUGGACGAGUGGACCAUCGAUCUCAUGAGAAAGCACAAUCGCGAAGCCCGCCCUCUAGUUUUCAACACCAUCCAAGCAUACCUCAAAGGCUCCACUGCCAACGUUGAGCGUCACAUUGCCCUCGCCGCGAAGGAAGGCUGGAGUCUCGGCAUCAAGCUCGUCCGCGGCGCUUACAUCGAGCACGAAGUCCGCUCCCUGAUUCACGACACGAUUGAGGACACUCACAACUGCUUCGACGGCAUCGCCGACAUGUUCAUCAGCCAACGACUGCCCAAGGGAUCCGAGGGUCUGCAGUUCCCGUCGAGCGCGCUGUUUCUCGCCACCCACAACGCCAACAGCUCCACGAAGGCUAUCUCCGCGCACCGACGCAGGCUGCUUGAGGGAAAGACCACGACGACUUUGGAGUGCGGCCAGCUCAUGGGAUUGGCGGAUGAGUUGAGCUGCGAGCUCUUGGACAACUACGACACCUGCGUGACGGACUCUGGGUUGAAGAGGGAUGACAUCCCCAAGCCUUUCAAGUACAUCCCGUGGGGUUCUGUGGCGGAGUGCAUGGGCUACCUGCACCGCCGGGCUAUUGAGAACAAGGGCGCGGUCGAGAGGACACGGCAUGAAGCUGUCAUUCUGAAGAAUGAGCUGCGCCGGAGAGUCUUUGGUUAA